GCACGUGGCACCUCCAGCACGGCCCAGCAGGCGCGAGGCUUCAUCCGUCACCCGUCCCUGCGAGGAGAGGGAGGUGGAUCCUCUGCCCAAUCCUCCCACCCGCUGCAGCCCAUUGCCAGCGAGUCCCCAUCCCCGGGGCUUUACUCCUUUAAUGAGAGAAAGUUUCCCAGAGCUGCUGCCUCUGGAGAUGGGGGUUUGCAGCCUCGUCUGGAGUGUAGGAGGAAAAAAUGGGCAGGAAAAAGAUACAGAUCAGCCGAAUACUGGAUCAGCGGAACCGGCAGGUGACCUUCACCAAACGGAAAUUUGGGCUGAUGAAGAAGGCGUACGAGCUGAGCGUCCUGUGCGACUGCGAGAUCGCCCUCAUCAUCUUCAACAGCACCAACCGCCUCUUCCAGUACGCCAGCACCGACAUGGACAAAGUGCUGCUCAAGUACACCGAGUACAGCGAACCCCACGAGAGCCGCACCAACUCCGACAUCCUCGAGACGCUGAAGCGCAAGGGGCUGGGGCUGGAGAGCCAUGAGCUGGAGCUGGACGAGGGGCCGGAUCCUGGGGAGAAGGUGCGAAGGCUGAGCGAGGGGAUGGACCUGUCGGUGGCACGACCCAGGUUUUGUAGCCUGGCACCGCUGUCGGAGUCAGCCUACGGCAGCGCCACGGCAGCUGCCGACGCGUCCCUGGGCAGCACCAGCGGUUCCCCACCGGGCCAGGGGCGCCUGCCCGCCUUCAAACCUGCGGCGCCGAAGCCAUCGGGACGCUCGCCAGGACCACUGCCCCCAGGUAUCGGCUACCCCCUCUUCCCCACCGGCAGCCUGAGCAGAGCCUUGGCCACCAAGACUCCCCCACCGCUGUACCUCGGGGCAGAGGGUCGGCGCGGCGAAGCCCACGGCAGCUUGGUGAGCAGCCGGAGCGGCGGCAGCUCGGCGCGGCCGCUGUACCCCACUCUGCAGACCCUCAGCCCCGUGCUCAGCCCGGGCAGCUCCAGCGUCCCGAGCCACAGCCUCGCCGCGUUCCCCUUCCUCGCCCCAGCCCAAGCGGAGUUUGGGGCUGGCGAGGCCCCACAGCCCCCCGGCUUCCUGCAGCCGAGCCCCACGGCGUGGCAGCACCCACGGGACAUGGCAGCGCUGGGGGUCAGCAGCCGGAUCGUCCCCACCGAAGAGCCAGCCGUGACCCCUGGCACCGCUCCACAGCCCCAAGCCAUCAGCAUCAAGUCCGAGCGGGUCUCCCCGGGGCUGGGCUGCCCCUCGGGCACCCCCCAGCCCCCCCUGGCCAGCCUGGCCUCCCUGAGCGAAGCCUCCCGAGGCCCCGGCGACCUCCAGCCGCGGGAUGACUACGCCAAGGGGUACCCCUACCCCCUGGGACCCCCCCGGCCGCUGGCAGAGGAGCAGCGAGCGCCCGUGCCCCCGCGGCGGGCGCAGGCCGUGGACACUUGGCAGAGAUAGCGAGGCUGAGGGGGUGCAGGGCGGGGGGGGCUGAGCCUGGGGGAGCCGCCCCCCCGCUUCACCCCCAUCCUCAGACCCCUGUAAACCCCCCCUCCCCGUGCCCUUUGCGAUGCUGCCGGAGGGGUCGGCGAUGCUGCAGCGCUUCCCAUGGGGUCCCCC